GUCAUUUGCUUUGCCACCAUCUGACUGCCCUUGACCACUUCAGCAGCAUGAAAGCGACAGCCUUUGCCCUGCUCUUCACUCUGGCACUUACAACCAUCUUCAAUGUAGACUGUACCUCACACCCUAAACAGGUUGAUUGCAGUAAAUUUAAAAAGUUACCACCAGGAGAAGAGAGAAUUUGUUAUGAAAUAUAUGCACCAAUUUGUGGAUCUGAUGGCAAAACUUAUGAAAAUGAUUGCUUCUUUUGUUCUCAAGUUCAAAAAACUGACAACAAACUUAAAUUUGUACAUUUUGGAAAGUGUUGAAUCUAUCUUGUGACUCCAGUUCACACAAAAACACAUUUACUUCUCCCAUAAAACCUAUGCUGUGUUGCCUAAUCUUGUCACUAGUAUGUCCUGAUUUCUUUGUAGAAUAAAGUAGACCUAUGUGAAAUAAA